GUAGACUGAAAGUACAUCUAUUGACUGCUGAAUUAUAUUAUUACAUCCACUUCAUCACAACAUAACCCGUCAAAGAAUUAUACAUUUGCUUCUUUAUACCAUGGCAAUUGCUCAUACUAUUCCUAGCCCUACAAAGAUGCCUGAUACCGUUGUUCGGACUUUGAAGAUUUGUGACUACAUGAAAGAGCUAGACUUCUCACCGAAAGAAUUUAUGGUCACGUUCUUUUCGGGUCAAUACGAGGCGCUCAAUGUGAAAAGGCGCCUAAUGAAAACUGGCCUCGGUAUCAAAAGUACUUGGUCAAUUCUCAAUAACCUAAGAAAAUUGACAUCGUCCACCGAAGAAGGGCAAGCGGAUUGGGAGGUACGCUCGGUGACUGUCUGUGACUAGGCAUCCCACAUUGUCAAUGCCCAGGAAGUGGCACAUGGACAUUUCCGGGGAUGCCAUUUCUUUACAGUCUGAUACAUAACAAGAUUGGUGUUGCAAUGAAGGUCAAAGACACAAUGAAGUACGGUG